ACCCCCAAAACCUCAAAAGGGAUAAUAUAUCUGUUUAGACGAAAUACACACAUAACAAAAUAUACAUAUACGAUCAUACAUACAACACAGAAAAAUGGCAGCUAGGUCGGCAUUCCGCUCCUUCAGCACCGUACGCACAGCGGCUUCUAGAAUCUCCACCGCCGCAGCCAAACCUAAUGCCACGUCAGCAUCACGAUCUGCUUUCCGCAUCCCCUCUCAAAAGAACCCCCUUUCUCAUCGCAUUUUCAGGUCUCCGGUUGAGCUGAGCUCUGUGUCUGUAGAAUCAAUGCUUCCAUUCCACACAGCUACUGCUUCUGCAUUGCUGACAUCAAUGCUUUCUGCUGCUCCACGCACUUGUGGUUGGACUCUUGAAGAUCUGAACGACGAUGUAUGAUGACUUGUUGGAAGGAUCUGGACCUACUGUGUGAUCUCCAGAAGCAAGUCUCUGAGUUCACUUUCACUGUCUUUAUCUUAUUUGAAGUUCUACCAGAACCAACUAGGAUGAUGCUAGUAUUAUUAUCAGGCCAUAAUUUCUGGACUUAAAUGUCAUGUUGUUCUGUUUGGUCUGAUUUACAUUGUAGCAAGCAUAUAUUAUUUGACAUGGACUUUUGUUUGUUUAGGGCUGUGAUUGGCUCACUUUCGGCAAGAAGAAUUAGCAUGUUUCGUUUCCGUAAGGUUUUCAUUCGAGUACAUUGUUUGUUGAUUGUAGAUGGAUGAUUGUAUGUGUUCAGAAUUUCAGAUGCUGUGCAUUUGAUCUCCUAGCUCUCAAGAUGUUGCUGCAUAUUGUAAUCAUAGUGCUGGAUGAGUCUCAUCGUGUGUACUUUUGAGAACUUGAUAUCCAAUCAUUUCAUCAAGAUAAUGUUGAUAUUGGUAUUGACACUACUCAUUCAUGUGUAGUAGGCAUUGGAACAAAAUGAUUUUGGGAUAAACUAUUUUCGCCAUUACUGACCA